AUGGGUUUUAACUUUUACCCGACGCGAAUGAAAGAAGCAGAGAUUCAUUUCCCACACAGCACACGUGUGGAGGGAAGGUUAGGUAACUUGGUUAAUUUUGGCGUCAACAACACAGUGGUGCCCCUCAGAAGUCUCAUAACCGAAACAUACACCCAAACAGAAAGAAUCUGCGAUUGCUGA